AAAAGGAAGAGAGAUAGUUGCAAGGAAGUAUUAGUCCACCAAGAGCAGGCGCAUCUGUGCAGUGGUCGAGGUAACAUCUCUCGGAAGACUCCAACAAACAACAACAAAAUCAACAACAACAACACAAAUUACAGCGCAAGCAUCUCCAAGUUGUUUUCGACCAUGUGGAUGUACAAUACUCUGAUCGGACUCUUCAUUGUUUGCUGUUGCGAGAGCCGGAGAAAUGCCUUGCAGGACUACCAGACGACUGAUGGGGUAGGGCUGACUGGCACCCCAGCCGACCCCAUCUCCCUGUCCAAACGGAAGAUGAGUGUGGCCAAGUGUGCCAAAGCCUGCAAUAGACCCAAGAAAUUCCCCUUCACCUGCAGAGCGUUCGUCUAUGAUCAUAGAAACAGGAAAUGCCAGUGGCUCUCGUUUGACAGGAACACCCAUGCGGGAGUUCAGAGCCAAGAGGACUCCAAUUACCAACUGUAUCAGAAGAAAGACUAUGUGAGGGAGUGCAUUGUGGGUACAGGUGUGAACUACAGGGGUCAAAGGUCGGUGACGGUCGGGGGGAUCCCGUGCCAGGCCUGGGCCUCUCCUCUCCCCCAUGAGCACAAGUUUAUGUCCAAGAGGUACAGGAACAAGGACCUGAGGGACAACUUGUGCCGGAACCCGGACAACUCCACGGUGGGGCCUUGGUGCUUCACCACCGACCCCAGGCCACACCUCAGACACCAGGGCUGUGGAGUGCCCCAGUGCUCAGAGGUGGCGUGUGUGAGCUGUAACGGUGAGGACUACAGAGGUCCCAUGGACCACACACAGAGCGGGAGGGAGUGCCAACGCUGGGACCUGCAGGAGCCACACACACACCUGCACCAGCCUAAGAGUUUUCAGGACAAAGGUUUGGACGACAACUUCUGCAGGAACCCAGACGCACGACACCGUCCCUGGUGCUACACUACGGACCCACACACACCCUGGGAGUACUGUGACAUCAAAGUCUGCAACACGGCCAGAGAGAGUACUGUGGCGGAGACCACCCUGUGCUCCCAGGGCGGGGGCGAGGGCUACAGGGGGACCGCUGACAUGGGCCAUGACGGCCGGACCUGCCAACGCUGGGACGUCCAGUACCCCCAUAAUCACACCUUCACACCCCAGGACUACCCCUGCAAGGACCUGAAGGAGAACUACUGCCGUAACCCGGACGGACAGGAGUUCCCGUGGUGCUUCACCACCGACCCCCGGGUGCGCACCGCCUUCUGCACCAACAUCCCCCAGUGUGGCGUCCAGAGUGACCCGGCCGUGACUCAGGACUGCUACGAAGGCCUGGGAGCGGCUUACCAAGGCCAGCAGUCCCGGACCCGGUCCAACCUACCGUGCUCUGCAUGGAAAGAGCACAGCAACAGUGACAGGCGCAUGUCGACGGUGGACAUGGAGGAAGCCUACUGCAGGAACCCAGAUGAGGACAAACACGGGCCCUGGUGCUACACCAACACCUCGUCCGUACCUUGGGACUACUGCUCCGUCCAGCCAUGUGAAGCCUCCCAACACACCCUCCCACUGGUGAUCUCAACUGUGGGGUGCUUCAUCCACAAGAGGAUCAGGAUCGUAGGAGGGGGGACCCCCAACAUCUCGGACGGAAGCUGGAUGGUCAGCAUCCAGAAGGGGUCGAGGCAUUGGUGCGGAGGGUCUCUGAUCCGAGAGGAGUGGGUCCUCACGGACCGACAGUGCUUCUCCUCCUGUGUUCCAGAUUUAAGUGAAUACCAGGUUUGGUUGGGUGUGUCUGACCUCCGGGAGGAGGCAGCUGAUUGGUCCACCAGACAGGAAAUCAGCAUUGCGCAUGUGAUCUGUGGCCCGGAAGGUUCCAACCUUGCCCUCAUUAGGCUUGCAAGGCCCGCGCAUCCGGCCCAGAACGUGCGCACCGUCCAGUUGCCCGUGGCCGGCUGCACCAUCCCGAAUGGCAAAAUGUGUAAAGUGUAUGGCUGGGGAGAAACUAAAGGUACGGGCCACGAUGACGUGCUGAAGGUGGUGGACCUGCCCGUGGUCCACAACGACCAGUGCAGGCAGCUGCACCGAGGAAGCCUCCACAUCUCCGAGAGGAACAUCUGCGCCGGGGGCCGGCGUAACGAGGGCGUGUGUGAGGGGGACUACGGCGGUCCUCUGGUCUGCCAGGACGGGGAGAGCAAGGUGAUUGUGGGCGUCAGCGUCCAUGGCAGGAGCUGUGCGCGAGCCGACCAGCCCAGCAUCUUCAUCAACGUCCCCUUCUACACCCAGUGGAUCUACAAGGUCUUCAAAUAUUACCCCGAGCAGCAGACCUUCUAGAGCCCCGCCCCAGGGACUCCAAGCAUGACCGUGAUAGGCCACCCACGCUGAAUCUGGCAGCUGAUUAUGCGUGAGGUUAUGCGCCCCUGGGUCACGCCCCUACUACAUUCGUCUGGGAAACCCCACUUCACCCCCAACACUCUGAGAUAUUCCAGUACUUCAAGCCCGCCAAAACUCCUAGGAUUGAACGUGAGGACCGCACCUCAAGCAGGGAUUAAUUGUCAAGGUCGUAGAGAUGGCUGUUGGUCCUAACCUCUGUGAAACCCUGGAUAACUGACUGACGCAUUCCUCCCGCCAUAAAGCCAACCUCUUCGUUUGACGUCUGAUUACGACGCGGUCUUCCUCAAAUAAACAAGAGAGAAAACCACAAACCGUGUUUAGCGAUCGCACACACCAGUAGUAUUUAUGCUUUGGGAGUUGUCAUAAUGAAGGAAUAAAAAAAAUAAAAAACACAGUUCACAUCCAACACAGACCAGUGUAUAUGUAGUCGGCUAAUUAACUACAUUUGGAAAAACAGUUGGGCGAUAACGCGUGGUGAGCAUAUGCACUCUGACCCAAGGCCGGGAGCACCCAGUUCACUCAGAAAGGUCACAGACGUUUGAGCUUUACCGUGUUCGGGUUUCCCUCGGUAGCAAGCCAAGCUCUCGGUAGAGCAUCUUCACGUGUCUGUGUGUGAGAACACCCACAUGGCAUUUCCUGGCAUUACUUGAAAAGUGUUCAACAGCCAUGGGCAGUGGUUUGAUGGCGAGUGUGCGUUAGUGCACUCAGCUCCUGGGAUAGGCCACGGUGAGGUGCACUCAGAGCUGCCCCCCUUCACCUGUAGGGGCCUCCAACAGAUGGCUGUCCUUACUGUACAUAGUAUUUUAACGAGUGUGUUUCUGACACUCUGAAACGCUUUUUGGGUCUUAUAGACCUGUUGCGGGAGCCAGAUCGAUGCGCGGUGGAAGACGGACGGUGUAUAGCAGAGCUGACAUCAGCUCUCUUAUGAUAAGUUAAACAUGUCCUGCAAACAGCAAAUUUGCAAUUUCCAUUUUCAUUCCAUUCUUUGUCACCACCACCAUGCCAUUGGCUGUAAAUAUGAAUAAAUAUACUUUUUUGUGUGUUUGUAUAGCUAAGAAGGAAUGUCUUAAUGAAACAUAUUUACUGUACAUAUUCUCACGUUUUUUUUAUCAUUGCAAAUCCCUUUUUUAAUAUUCUUCACAUUUUGUAACAUGUAUUUGUCUGUGUAUGUGAGUGUGUUAGUUUGUGUGUGUAUGGGUGUGUAUGUGUGUGUAUGGAUGUGCGUGUGUGCGUGUGCCUGUGUAUGUGCGUGUGUGUGUGUGUGUGCAUGUGUUAUGCAUGGGUGUGUGUGUGUGUGUGUGUAUUGCUGCUAUAUAUUAUCUCACGGUAUAUGGACAAGUGUCUUCUUCAUGUACAGUGUACAUUGACUCUAGCGAUCAUAACGUAUAUAUUAACCAGCGUGUUGAAUGGAAGGCAGAAGACCAGAUGAGCAACCCUGUUUUGUAAUCAUUUAACCCUAUUAAAGGACCCAUACCCGUU